AUGAUAUUCUUAUAUAGGGCUAUCAGUUAUAUAUAGGACCCAAUUAUAUUGAUUGCAAGAAUAAAAGCUAGAAGCUAUAUUUAAAAAUGAUAAAGGAUUUUCUCUAUAUUAAAGAAAAAUCACUUAACUUGAUAUAUAGUAUUCUUAUUUCCACAUUUUUCCAUUUUGAUAAAAAACUUAAUUCCCCCAAAAUAAAUUUAAAAAUUAAAAUGACCAAUAUUCCAAACUCUCUCUUCCUCAUCACUCAAGACUGAAACCGCAAGGCAAUGAAGAGACAGAAGGUACCGGAAGUAGCAUCCACCUUCAGGGAAAGACACUGUGGACUAAAGUCUAAAAGCGCUUGGCCUCCAUACAGGAGGUCUUUGGUGACUGUAUCACCAAUCUGUCUAACACCUAACUUUAAUAACCUAACCUAAUCUCUCUUCCUCAGAGAAACAGGGCAGCUAGAAUGCAGUUACUUUCAAAUGAAAAAUCAAUACAAAUCCCUCACAGCAAUCAGCCCAAGCUCAAGCAAGAGGCAUUCUCUCCGAAAAGGCGGAAUUUCUGAAAUAAUUCCAACGAGCUCAUUUUUAUUUGUUAUUACAAAUAGAGGAUGUUGCCUUGUCUUAGACAAGGUCACAUGCAAAGAACUGUUUAAUUUAACAGGUGAGAGUGAAAAAACGAGGACUUUAUUUUAUAAUAAAGCAAAUCAAUCAGUAAUCCUGAUAACGCUCCGAGACGAAGAUCUCGACGGAAGACUCAUAUGCAGGUCCUAUCCAAUGGAAUCUAUAGAAAAAGGAGCCUUAGAAAGCGUACCGAUAUUUAAAGACGAAGAUUUAAGGACUCCAGGCUUUAUAGAAUUUGACGACACAAACCAAAUUAUCCUUACGAGAUCAGCUACAAGAGGCAGUUUUAAGUUCUGGAGAAUGAAUAAUUACUCCUUGGCUUUCCAAAUUGCAGACCCUCUGGUGGAAGAAAUCAGGCUGAGCACAGAUCUUGUUCUUUUAGUUUAUGGGCCUCAGGGCGGAGUUUUAACUUCAAAGCUUGUGUCGAUUGCUAACGGCCACUUGCUUAAUGUUUACCAAAUUCCUAUAAAGCCUGUUAGAAUGAUUGAACUACUUGAGCUAUUUAAUCAAUUCUUGCUCCUUAAACAAGCUGGAGAGCCUUUGGUGAUUUUUGAUCUUUUGCAAUCGACGCACAUUUUGGUUGCAAAUUUCUUCUCUCCACAGGCUUUUAUAUUCCUUCAGGAAAAAAUGAAAUUCCUUGCUUUAAGGGCUGGAAUUAUUGAGCUGUGGGAUUUUCAAGGGAAUUUGCUUAAAACUUUUCAUGCGCCGUUAUGCACAAGUAUAAGAGCUUAUGUUCCGAGUAGACUGUAUGUAACAAGGAAGCAAGACUUGCUGUUGAUAUGCUGUAGCGAAUCUAGAACACCGGGAAGGCCUUCUAAUGUAACAAGAAAUGAUAGGAAAAGCAGUGGAGUCAUAAAAGUCUUAGAGCUCAUGAGUGGGACUUGCAUCGCAGAAAUUGUUGCUGAUAGGCUGCUUGUCAACGUAUCGACUUUGGCGUAUGAUGAAUAUUAUGGAUCAAUUUACACAGGUCAUUCAAACGGAACCCUCAUUAUGUGGGAUAAUUAA